AUGAAUAUGUACGUGUGUCUCUGCCUGUUGGCCUCUGCUGUGUUUGCUGCCCCAGGACUCGACCCAGAGCUGGAUGGCCACUGGGUUCAAUGGAAAACGUGGCACGGGAAAACCUACCACCAGAAGGAAGAAGGCUGGAGGAGGAUGGUUUGGGAGAAGAACCUAAAAUUGAUUGAACUGCACAACCUGGACUACACUAUGGGCAAACAUACCUUCAGCAUGGCAAUGAACCACUUCGGGGACAUGACAACCGAGGAAUUCAGGCAACUAAUGAAUGGCUACAAACCAAAGGCUGAGAGGAAAUUACGAGGUGCCACAUUUCUUGAACCUAACUUUUUUACUGCCCCAAAGUCUGUAGACUGGCGUGAACAUGGAUAUGUGACACCAGUGAAAGACCAGGGCUCCUGUGGGUCUUGCUGGGCUUUCAGCUCAACUGGUGCACUUGAAGGGCAGCAUUUCAAGAAGACUGGCACACUCGUUUCUCUCAGCGAGCAGAACCUUGUGGACUGCUCUCGCCCUGAAGGCAACCAAGGCUGCAAUGGUGGCCUCAUGGACCAGGCUUUCCAGUAUGUCGUGGACAAUAAAGGAAUUGAUUCUGAAGAUUCAUACCCAUAUGUUGGCAAGGAUGACCAGGAGUGUCACUAUAAUCCCGAUUUCAACUCUGCUAAUGACACUGGCUUUGUAGACAUUGAGAAUGGUGAUGAGAAGGCUCUUAUGAAGGCAGUUGCAGCCAUUGGCCCUGUCUCUGUGGCUAUUGAUGCAGGGCACACAUCCUUCCAGUUCUACCAAUCUGGUGUCUACGUUGAGCCGGAGUGCAGCAGCCAAGACCUGGAUCAUGGUGUCCUUGUUGUAGGUUAUGGAUUCGAGGGAACGGAGGAAGAUGGCAAGAAGUACUGGAUUGUGAAAAACAGCUGGAGCGAGAAAUGGGGAAAGGACGGGUACAUCCUCAUGGCAAAAGACAAAAAGAACCAGUGUGGCGUCGCAACAGCAGCAAGCUAUCCUCUGGUAUAA